AAAACGACCCAGCAACUCUCUCUCUCUCUCUCUCUCUCUCUCACUGAUUAAACAGCACAAGAAAGAAAGAACAUAUAAAUAAAUAAAACCAAAGGGGUUUUGCAUAAAUAUUGAAAAAAAGAAGAAGAUGAUUGAUAUAUAGAGAACAGUGGCAUGAGAUGUGUGCAUUGCUGAAGCGUGUAAUUGGAUUUGAUUUUGAGAUCGGUUUUGCGGUUUCUUGAUAAAUCGUUUUUUAUCAAGAGCUAUGGGUUGUUUCUUUACCUGCUUGCGUACUAAAGAAGAUCGAUCCAAUCGGUCUCGACCUCACGCCAUCUCCUCAGAUUCUCUUCGAUCCGAACCUGCUCUUCAGGAAGCUCGGGUAUCUAAAAAUCGUUUAUCGUCUCUAUUUUUGUCUGAAGAGAAAGAAGAAUCUUUGCGUGGCGACGUUGAGAAUCCUUGUUUAGGAUCUCCACAUAUCAACAAAGGACUUAGGGAUGAGGCUAAAUUUCUUAAAGCUUGUGGUACAUUGACAGAAACUCCAAUUGAAAUUCGGAAAGCUUGCGAAAAGUUUAAUGGUUCAUCUACUCUUGAUAAAGAUUCAGAACCUUCAAAAUUUCAUUCAUGGCUUCCCAGCACAUCGAUCAAGAAACUUCAAUUGGAUAAUCAAACAGAUCUGCCUCUUACUCCGGUUAAACUUUGUGAAGAGUGGGGAAAGGGUUCAGUUUCUUCUGAGCAGACACCUAGCAGUAGCUGUAUAACAAAUGUGCACACCAGUGAAGAUAGUGAGUCAGGGAGUCGUGAAAGAGUGAUCAAGGUUCAAGCAAAUGAGAAUGAUGAUGUUGUUGCUGGUCCUCCUUGGCUUUCAGCUUCGAUUGUUCAGAGCAGGAACAAGUCUGUUCGCUUCGAAUGUGAUUUUGAUACAUCUUCCUCCAAAGGGUCUUCAUCUGAAAAUAGUUGCCAAGUUCCUGGGAAAUAUGAAUCUCCAGGGAAUCUCAGUGUUUCAAAGCCUUCUCCUAAACCAACCCCUUCAAAACUUUUGGACGACAUGCAAACACCCGGUACUGUUUUCCCUGCAAACCUAGAAACUUCAGAUAAUGGAAAGACUAGGUUCAGGUCCCAACAUGUUUAUUCAGUCCUGAACCCGGUUGAAAGUGCCUCUCAGUGGAAGUUAUUGAAGGAAGAUGAUUUCAACUCACUUCGACUGUCAGGUGAGCCGAGAGAAUCUCUAGAACAGUCUGAAAGUGCAACUCCUAAACCGGAAAGGGGAGUAAAAGAAUCUUCCUCUGGGAAAGAUUUGAAGGUAGAAGCGAGCUUGUCUUCUUGGUUCAAACCAUCACAGUCCACACUUGGUGAAGAUAAUCCAAAUACCGGUACUGCUUCUAGCAAAAAUUUUCGUUUUGGUAGAACUCCUGGGGACAGGCCUAUCAUUGGAAUGGUUGCUGCGCACUGGAAUGAAAAUGAACCUUCUCAAAUCUCCCCAAAGUGGUGGGAUGGAAAUGGGAUUCCAAAUUCGACAAACAAAUAUAAGGAGGAUCAGAAAGUAAGCUGGCAUGCAACACCAUUUGAGGAGAGGUUAGAGAAGGCAUUGUCUGAAGAGAGUGUCAUCUCACAAAGGAAGCCAAUCAGCGGGAGACCCAUUGUUUUUGACGAAUGCGAGGAAAGUGAUACUGCUCUAUCUCGGUUGCAAACCUCAACACAAGCCAAGUCAGUUGUUUCGUUCUGAUGCAGUCUGAUUGUGGCUUGCAGCUGAUAUAUUGUGAAUGCCAAAGUAGCCACUGUCUACACCAUCCUUGGUUUGUAUUGCGAUGUUGAACAAUCCAACUGGUUUGGAAAUUACAUGAAUCUUGAUAGUCGUCAUCAACUCAAACUGCUUGUAAUGUACAUUGGUAAUGAAUAUUAGUAAUGGUCUAUUGGAUUAAAGUCUGCGAAGAUUUUGGAA